AUGGAUACUGAUAAGUUAAUUUCGGAGGCUGAGUCUCAUUUCUCCCAGGGAAAUCAUGCAGAAGCUGUUGCAAAAUUGACAUCUGCUGCUCAAUCGAAUCCCAAUAACCAACAAAUGUCAACUAUUGAAUCAUUGAUUCAAAAGAUUGCUGGGUACGUCAUGGAUAAUCGUAGUGGUGGCAAUGAUGCAUCGCAAGAUCGUGCUGCUGGUGGUGGUUCGUCCUUUUUGAACACUUUAAUGGCAGACUCUAAGGGUUCUUCCCAGACACAGUUGGGUAAACUGGCUUUGUUGGCCACUGUGAUGACGCACUCAUCAAACAAAGAUUCUUCUAAUAGAGGGUUUGACGUGGGAACUGUCAUGUCAAUGCUGAGUGGUUCUGGUAGUGGGAGUCAAAGUAUGGGUGCUUCCGGCCUGGCUGCUUUAGCUUCUCAAUUUUUCAAGUCAGGUAACAAUAAUCAAAAUCAAAAUCAAGGUCAAGGUCAAGGUCAAGGUCAAGGUUCGUUUACUGCUUUGGCAUCGUUGGCUUCAUCUUUCAUGAAUUCCAACACCAAUAGCCAACAAGGUCAAAAUCAAGGGUCCGGUGGGCCAUCCUUUGGGGCAUUGGCUUCCAUGGCAAGUUCUUUUAUGCACUCCAAUAAUAAUCAGAACUCCAAUAGUGGACAGCAAGGAUAUAGCCAAUCCUACCAGAAUAAUGAUCAGAAUUCAGGCUACCAAAACAAUCAAGGCUACAAUAAUCAACAGUAUCAAGGUGGAAACGGUAAUCACCAACAACAACAACAACAGCAGGGACAAUCUGGUGGUACUUUUUCUUCGUUGGCCUCCAUGGCUCAAUCUUAUUUAGGUGGUGGACAGAACCAAUCCAGUCAACAACAAUACCAGCAACAAGGUCAAAACCACCAAUACCAACAACAAGGUCAACAGCAGCAACAAGGUCAUUCUGGUUCAUUCUCAGCAUUGGCUUCCAUGGCAAGUUCCUAUUUAGGUAAUAACUCGAAUUCAAACUCGAGUUACGGUGGUCAACAACAGGCUAAUGAGUAUGGCAGACCACAACAUAGUGUCCAACAGCAAUCUAAUGAGUAUGGUACACCACAACACAGUGGAAACCAGAACUCCAAUGGACAUGAAUCCUUCAACUUCUCUGGUAACUUUUCUCAACAGAACAACAAUGGCAACCAAAACCGUUAUUGA